AGAGACGCCAUCUUGAAUGCCAGGAACAGACCCAGGCAAUGGUGUUGACGACCUCUGACAGUACUUCUGGGUUGUCGUGCAAGAGGGCCGAGGCUGAGAUCACUCCAUUGGCGAGGCUGGCGAUAGAAAGCGUCGUCAAACUACAGCCCAGUUAUGGUGACCCCCGUGAGGUUUUCAAGGCAAGAGACGUUCAGAGGUGGUUUGCCAUUGCCUGCCUCUGCAUCGCGAACUCUGGACUUCCUUGGUGGUCUCCCACUCAAGUACUAACAGGGGCCUAGUUUAGCUUCUGAGAUCCACUUACCUUCCAAGAUCUGACAAGACUGGGCCAGAUCAGGGCAAUUUCCCAUCCAAGUAUUAACCACGACUGACCCUGCUUAGCUUUUGAAAUCUGAUGAGACGGGGCUAGCCUGGGCCUUUCAAUGAGCAAUCAGGAAGAACACAGACAGCUAAGGAUGGAAAUGGAAGAGGAAAGCCCUGUAGGCUCUCCCAAACAAGAAGAGAACUUGGAAGAAGCAGGAAAACCUCCCCUGCUGGGUCCCUCAGAGGGCACGGUGGAACAGCCAGAGUGGAGAGUAUCGGACCAGGAACUAUGUAAGGAACAACACUGGGAUACCCAGUGCCAGAACUUCCUGAGAGGGCUGGAACCCCCUCACAGGGGAGGUGAGAACCCGCUUCUGCCAGAGUCCCCCCUGUGUGACAACGUCAAGGUUUUCCUGUCCGCUUUUGAACAAAUCGCUGAAGCCUGCCGUUGGCCAAGGGAAGAGUGGGUGAGCCGGCUCCUGCCGGCGCUUAGCAGAGAUGUUGUGCAGUUCUUGUGUCAUUUGGAAGCUGGAGACAGGGAGGAUUAUGGGAAGGUGAAGGUGGCCAUCUUGCGAGGGAACGCCAUGCGUGUGGAGACGCAGCGCCAGCAAUUCAGGCAGUUCCGCUGUCAGGAGACGGACGACCCACGAAAGGUGUACAGUCAGCUGCGAAAACUUUGUUGUCGGUGGCUGAGGCCCGAGAGGCACACCAAGGAGCAGAUCUUGGAGCUGCUGAUCUUGGAGCAGUUCCUGGCCAUCCUGCCCCAUGAGCUCCAGAGGUGGGUCAGGGAAGGGGGACCAGAGAAUGGCGCCCAAGCUCUGAGCCUGGUGGAAGAUUUCCUGAUGAAUCGGCAAAAGGCUGAGUCGUGGAAGUGGCAGGUACCGAUUCAGGAGGUGGCCAGGAGUUCCUUAGAGCCAGAGAGGCCCCUGCCAGACCCUGCUCAGAGUGUGGCUUACAUGGACGUAAAGCCAAAAGAUGAUGAGGACAUUGGUUUGCUGGCCAAUGGACUAACAUUCCCAAGUGACUCCACUUCAGCUGUUCCACCUGAGCAACAUGAAAUGGCAGAAAUGAGCCUGGCAGAGGGACCUGCGAGCUUCAAGGAGAUGGACGUGUCUUUCGAAAAGGAGGAACAGCCUCUGGCACAUUUGGGCCAAAGAACCAUGUUCUGGCAAGUCAAAGAGGAGAUCUGUGGGAACACGACGUCUUUGGAGGGACUUUUGAUUCCGAAACCCAACCCAGUUUUCCAUCCAGGGAAAGAGGAGAUGUUACUUCAGGAACCAGAGUCAGGUGAAGGGAGAAAGAUCAAGAUGGAGAAUUCUCAUACAGGAGGGGGCGGUCCAGAGACAACACAGGCAGUAUUACUAGCAAACCCCCAUGGGAACAUUUCUGUGACAGCUGACAUUCCAGAUUCAAAAUGCAAGUCCAGAGAGCUGCAAGGAGAAACUGACAGUGUCCUCAGAGAUCACAUUGCAGCUCCCAUGAAUGAAUGUUCAAUGCACCCUGGUUUGGAGCAGCCUUUGUCCUCUAAGUAUGGGCAAAAAUGCUGCUACAAAUUGGAACUUGUUAAGAUGCAUGCAGAGGAGAAUGACCAUGCCUGUUCUGUGUGUGGGGAAAGAUUCAAGGAAAAAUACUAUCUUGACGAGCACCAGAGAAUGCACACGGGAGAGAAAUCAUACGAAUGGACAGAGUGCUCUCAGAGAGAAAUCUGGGUUAGACAUCAGAGCAUUGAUAUGGACGAGAAAUCUUGUGAAUGCCCCGAGUGUGGGAAAGGAUUCAGUUGUAGAGCAACAUUAAUGAGGCACCAGAGAAUCCACACUGAUGAAAAACCACAUGAAUGUUCUCACUGUGGUAAAAGCUUCAGCCAGAGAACGAACUUAAUGAGUCAUCUGAGAAUCCAUACUGGGGAGAGACCAUAUCAAUGUCCCCAGUGCGGGAAAGGGUUUCGGUGGAAACUACAUCUGAAAAGACAUCAGAAAAUCCAUACAGGAGAGAAGCCUCACAAAUGUUCUGAAUGCGGGAAAAGCUUCUCUCGGAGAGAUACACUAAUCAAUCACCAGCGUACGCAUACAGGAGAGAAGCCUUAUGAAUGUCCUGAGUGUGGGAAGAACUUCAAUCAUCCAUGUAACUUGAUUGAGCACAAGAAAACCCAUACAGGAGAGAGACCACAUGCGUGUUCUGUGUGCGGUAAAAACUUCUUGCGGAGAGAUACAUUGAUCAAACAUCAGAGAACCCACACUGGGGAGAAGCCUUAUGAAUGUGCAGAGUGUGGAAAAACUUUCAAUCAUCCAUGUAACUUAAUUGAACAUCAGAAAACCCAUACAGGGGAAAAACCACAUGAAUGCCCCAAGUGCGGUAAAAAUUUCUCUCGAAGAGACACAUUGAUCAAACAUCAAAAAACCCAUGCAGAGGAGAAACCUUAUGAAUGUCUUGAGUGUGGGAAAACCUUUAUUCAGAAAAAGGCAUUCAUUAGACAUCAGAUAAUUCAUUUAGGACAUAAACCCUGCUAAUGCUCUUGAUGAGGCUAAAUAUUACAGAAAUUCUACAGUAAAGGGAGAAGUUUUAAUAAUGAAUUUAUUCCUGUUAUACAUCAGAGCACUCAUACUGUGUCAAUGUUGCAUGACCAAAUGAAGGCCAAAGAAAACAAAAUGAAAUACCACAAAAAUACAGGGGUAAAUGCAAUAGAAACUUAAUUUCCAUCUGUAAAGAAAUAAUGUUAUAAUAGAGGAAGUUUUUAAAAAAAUAUGAUUAUGAAUUGAAAACCAAUGAAGAAAUUGUAAAAAGGACUGACUGAUAGAGGUGAAUUCAGAUUUAAACUAAUAAUACUAGCAGAAAA